AACGAGCGCGCAGAGAGCAAGCAGUUCAGAAAAGUGACGCCAAUCGUGCGGACAGCGCCAUCUGCUGGACGGAGGAGGGCUAACACGGACUGAGUGACGUUUGAUUAAACAUUCAGAGGAGCCAUUGAGUCACACGAGCACCGGGAAGACGUCCGUAGAGGUGAAAGAGAAGAGGAGAAGUGGGAGGCGUUCAUCUUGAAUGUGUCAGAACAGACACUGAGGAGUUCAGUCAACGACAAUGGGCCCCUCCUUCCUUCUUCUCAUUUCCACGUGUAAGUGAGGUGACUAAUGGGCCGGGGCUUCCCAGGUGAGAAGGGGGGGUCUUAGAAGAGGAGAGCCGACAGUUGGGGUUCAGAGAAGAGUUUUAUACGUAGCAUGGCCUCGGUUAAACAGGAAGGUACGGACCAACGACUGGCACACAUUAAAGAAGAGGACUGUGAGUCGGGUGCACCAGAGGGUGUGUGCGUGAAGGUGGAGGACUGCGAAGAAAGCAUUUCAGUUUUUAAAGAGGAGGAGUGCAAGGAGGAGUCGUCUGAGGUUAAAGUCGAGGACCUGAAAGAUUUCUCAUUUGGCCUUGCACUGCAAAAACGUGAAGCUGGCCCCAUUUUCAAGCGAGAUGUGUGUGAAGAAUCUCUUAACAAUUUGCAGCCCUGGGUCACUAAUACUGGACAACUGGCUACCGUGGAGAUUUCUGUGCAAGUAAAAUCUGAGUUAUCGGAACGUGAGGAGAAAAUUACUGAAGGAGACGGAAGAAAAGCAGAAGAGCAGCUGGGAAAAAAUUUACAUGAGAAAGGCAGCAUUUUCACAUCUUCAUUUGCUCAGACCUCUAUUCUGGACUGUGAGAAGAUGAAGAAACCAACCAGUGGAUCAGAAAACUUGACCCCAGCCUCUUCCCAGUGUAGUUCACGUCAUGCUACUACAAUAACACAGACCAAAGCCCUCACAACUUGUCAACUAGAAGUGAGUAAACACAUCCAAGUUCAAACUAGAGAAAAACUUUACUAUUGUUUAGAAUGUGGCAAACGAUUCUUACACAAAAAUAGCCUUUCUAAGCAUAAGAAGCUUCACACUGGUGAGAAACUUUAUAGUUGUGCUGAAUGUAACAAAUGUUUCUUAGAGAGAGGUAAUCUUAAUAUCCACAUGAUAGUUCAUAGCGGCGAGAAACCCCAUUGCUGUUCAGAAUGUGGCAAACGAUUCUUGCAAAUUUCCAGUCUUCGUAUCCACACAAGAAUCCACACUGGAGAAAAACCUUAUUGCUGUCUCGAAUGUGGCAAACGAUUCUAUGACAGCAGUGGUUUACGGGAUCACUCACGAACUCACACUGGAGAAAAAUCAUAUGUCUGUUCUGAAUGUGGGAAGAGGCUCUCAAAUAGUAGCAGUUUUCGGAAGCACAAGCGCACUCAUACUGGAGAGAAGCCAUACAUCUGCUCUAAAUGUGGCAAAAGCUUUUCUGGCAAUGGUGCUCUUUUUAAUCACGCCAAAAUUCAUGCAGGAGAAACACCUGAAUGUGACCAGCAAGUCUCAGCCAGUAAUGACCUUCAUGUUCUUGAAGGAACCUCAUAGCUGUUCUGAGUGUGACAAACAUUUCUCAGAUAGCAGCAGUCUUAACAGGCACAUGAGGAUUCACACUGGAAAGACUCUCCAUUCUUGUCCAGAAUGUGGCAAGCAAUUCUCACUACUGAGUCUUCUUCGUAGGCACUCACGAAUCCAUACUGGAGAAAAACCACAUUGUUGUCCAGAAUGUGGGAAAAGAUUCUUAAAUAUACACAAUCUUAGAUGUCAUAUCAGAAUUCAUACUGGAGAGAAACCUUUUGGCUGUUCUCAGUGUGGCAAACGAUUCUCUGCCAAUAGCAGUUUACAGACGCACAUACGAAUUCAUACAGGAGAGAAGCCAUAUUGCUGCACUCAGUGCGGAAAAAGAUUUUCCGACAGUAGCAGCUUUCGGAAUCACACAAGAACACAUACUGGAGAGAAGCUGUAUGUCUGUUCCGAAUGUGGAAAAAGCUAUACAAGGAAGAGAAGUCUUUAUAAACAUACCAAAAGUCACACUGGAGAGAAACCUCAUUGUUGUUUGGAAUGUGGCAAGCGAUUUGUACACCUCCGUAAUCUUUAUAACCAUAGAGGAAUUCAUACUGGAGAGAAACCUUAUUGUUGUUCUGAGUGUGGUAAGCAAUUCUCAUGCAGCAGUAACCUUUGUAACCAUAAAAGAAUUCAUAAUGGUGAGAAACGUCAUUUCUGUUCUGAAUGUGGCAAGCAUUUUUUGAACAACGCAAGUCUUAAUACCCACAUGAGAAUUCACACUGGAGAGAGACCCUAUGGUUGUUCAGAAUGUGGCAAACGAUUCUCACAAAGAAACAGUCUUCAGAACCACACAAGACUUCACCAUACUGGAGAAAACCUUUUUGUUGCUCUGAGUGUGGGAAAAGUUUCUGUGACAGCAGCAGUCAUCUGAGGCAUGCACGAAUUCACAUGGGGGAGAAGCCAUAUUGCUGUCCUGAAUGUGGAAAACGAUUUUCUUUCAAUAGCAGCUUAUGGAGACACAAACAAAUUCAUAGAGGAAAACCCGUUGUAAACGUGGCAGAGAAUUUUUCCACUGA